AUGGGCAAUAUGGAGCAAGCGACGGUCGUGCAGGAAGUGCUUGAACGAAUUGACGCUGCCGCAAUUGAUGGUCGAGCCCACAAUAUCCGCCAUCGACAACAUCAGCUCCAUCAGCUUAGUGGUGCACUGCAGAGAAAUGCGGACAAAAUCUGUGAAGCAAUCGGUCUCGACUCGGGCUUUGACGAUGAUGAGGUUGCUUUCGAGUUCUCUCAGUCAAUCAAUACCAUUAGGACUUUGUACGAACAACUGAAUCUUCAAUCUGCCCUGGACGAAGAAUAUGCCGCCAACAACAAAGACAAUCUUUCUGCUCGUAUGCCCUUUGGCAUCGUGGUCAUCCGUCCCGGUCAGCAUUGCCGCCUCUUUUCCAUCAUAUCUCCAGUCGCAACAGCAAUAGCGGCCGGAAAUUGCGUCAUUGUCGAGAUCCCCAACUCUCUAGGCCAUCUCGACAGCUUUUUGCGCUCUGAACUGACCACCUCCUUGGACCCGGAUGGAUUUGCUAUUGUGUCUAAAGCUGUGACAGUUUCGCGCCUAUCUUCAGAUUAUGUCGUCGUUGACCAAACUCUAUCCGAUACAACUAAGGAAUCUAGUUUGGUGUCUGAUUCCAAAGCCUUGACAGUCGCCAUCGUGGACCGAACGGCAGAUGUUGAGCAAGCUGCGAGUGCCAUCUGCACAGCCAGAUUUCGCUUCAAGGGUCGAUCACCAUAUGCGCCCGACGUAAUCAUGGUCAACGAAUGGGUACGCGAUGACUUUGUUUCUGCGUGCCUGAAAUUAUCCAGCUCUCAUGCUGCAUCCACUGUGUCAGCCAAGAAGUCAGGUUCAGCCCUCAAUGGGCGCACUUCUCAUUACCCAAGAGACGAUUUUACAGUUCUAUUCGACUCAUGUGGGGUUCGAUUGGUGGAAGGUACACGAAAGUGA